AGUCAAUACAGCUACAGUAGCGCACAUGGAAAUGCAGCUGGUUGUCUUGCCGUGUCACCCGUGUUUGAAGCUUCCCACCGUUCACUGUUUUGUCAUUUUUCUCUCUGGAUCAAUGGCCGACUUUCAGUUAAGAACAUUAACCCUGUUCGCCAGUGAUAUGCCGAAUAAUCAGACAACUCUCGCCGCUCAUGUAGGAGGUGGCGGUCUCCCUUUCUUCCCAACUCGAAAAUUUUACCAAUUCCCAAUUCUUCCCUCUCCUUUUCUCAACCUUCCUCAGCAUCUCCGCUGCUCUGCAGUGUCGAAACGCCUUCUCCUGCGUCCUCUCCGUCUCAGCCGAUGUGAACGAUGGAACUCCAAUACUGAAACUUUCAGAACCCGGAAUUUCAGCUUUAAUGAAGAAGAAGAAUACGAAGGAGAAGACUGUUUCUUGGACAUACUCGAUGAGUUUAUCGACAGUAUUUGGGUUUUGAAGGUUUUCAAGCCAUAUUUUUGGGCUCUUCCUCCAAUCAUUUUGUCAUUACUGCUAGCAAAUGGUCUUAUAGCUUUUGUUAUAACCUUGGCUCUUCUAGUUGGGCAAUCAGUGUUAAUCUUUGCCCUCCAAAAAUUGUGGGGAGUGACACAAACCAACCUAGGGCUCAAGAGCAAGGAAAGACCCCGAAGCCGUACUCCAAUAAACAGUAACAUGGGUGGAAGAAGGCGAAACCCGAACACUAGAAAGAGAAAAAUGGGUCAUCGAUUGUGGACGCAGAAAGCUGAUGUCUCUGUUGGUGGGUUUGAUGAAGAUGCACCUACUUUUGGUGGUUGGGAUGAACUUUAAUAUGUUGGAAUCAUCAAUUUGUUCGCCACCAAAGACACUAGUAGAGAAAGGCAAUUUGAGUAAGAGUGAGAGGGAAAACACUACUGCAUUGCUGCUAAGGUAUUGACCUCCAAUAUCUACACUAUGCAGUUUUGGGAAACUUCUUGCCAUGCUGAAAAGUAUAAGAAGAAUAUAUUCCAGGUGAAGUGUAGACAAUUAAUGUGGCAUUGCGAUCGAUGCCGACAGUGCAAAGUGUGACGGUUGUGUCGGUGACUUGAGAUGAUUACUCGAUUUUCAUGUGGCGGUGGUGGCGGCUCCAGGUGGACAGCCCGCAGCUAAUUAGUUUUGGGCGUGAUUUGGUUCUUGAAGUUGAAGUGAGAUUUUUGUGGACUUGGAAUAUGAUAUUACUUGGUAGAAGGUUAUUACCGUUCUUAUAUGAAUAAUAUUCAACUAUCUAUCAUGUUGUUUCUAAUAAUUUUUUAUGUUCAAGUAUCAAUUGUUGUAACAGCCCUCAGCUCGAGGUGAUUAUUGCCGUUAGUGUCUGAAAUUGGUGAACGAAGUGAUAGCGUCAAAAUGGGGAUUGUGUCAACAACUCUUAUUUGGGGGGUUUUAUGUUUUCACUGUCAUUUUGAAUUUUAAUCAAUGUUUUACUCUUAU